CCUAUCAUCCAGGAAGGUUUCGUGGACGAAUUUGACAUCAUCAACCAUCACACAGACAGCGAUGCCACGCUCAAAACGAAGGCUUCAUUCGAGGUCCGGGUCCAGGGCGUCUGUCGGCGGCCGGUACGAGGAAAAGCGUAUGAAGCAUACAGAAUCCGGUGGUGACUGCUAUAAGAGUGCGAGGAUAUCGAACACAAGCUCGUCCCGUAGAAAACGGAAGCGUUCGGAAGAGUCCCAUCACCAGCGCAGUGUCGGGUCAACCAGUGGCGGCCACAGGAAGAACAGAUAUCGGGAAGAGAAAACGACGCGGCGUCACGAACAUCGUCCAUCCCGGAAAGACCGAGAACGGGAACGGGAGCGCGAACAGCGGGAACGCGAUCGAGAACGGGAACGGGAGCGUGAGCGAGAACGUGACCGAGAAAGGGAGCGGGAACGUGAACGGGAGCGUGACCGCGAACAGCGAGAACAUCGGACCGAUGUGACGAAAAAGCACAGCCCCAUUAAGAACGACUCCCAUGGGCAUUUGAUCUACCAACCUGGUGAUGUAAUACAUAAUAGAUACAAACUAUUAUCUACCUUAGGUGAAGGCACAUUUGGUCGCGUUGUCAAGGCGAAGGACACGGAGAAGGAACACACGAUCGCACUGAAAAUUAUACGCAACGUCGACAAGUAUCGCAAGACCGCCAAACUGGAGAUAAAUGUGUUGGAAGAGAUCAUAGCCAAAGAUCCGUCCGGUCGUCAUCUAUGCAUCCUGAUGUUGGACUGGUUCGACUACCACGGGCACAUAUGUAUCGCGUUCGAGAUGCUUGGACAGAGCGUGUACGACUUCAUGAAAGACAAUAAGUAUCAGCCGUUCCCGAUGGAGCAGGUACGGCACAUGUCCUAUCAGCUGUGUUUUGCGGUAAAUUUUCUGCACAGCGUCAAGCUCACCCAUACGGAUCUGAAGCCGGAAAACAUCCUGUUCGUAAACUCAGAAUACACCACCGUAGUCAGCAGAACGACGAGGAAGAAUCGCGAACUGCGUCACGUCAACUGUAGCGACAUACGGUUAAUAGAUUUCGGUAAUGCCAUAUUCGAUCACGAAUACCACAGCACGAUCGUAUCGACCCGGCACUACCGGGCGCCAGAGGUGAUAUUAGAGCUGGGCUGGGCGCAACCAUGCGACGUGUGGUCGAUAGGAUGUAUUAUUUACGAACUGUACCUAGGCAUAACGCUGUUCCAAACGCACGACAACCGAGAACAUUUGGCCAUGAUGGAGCGAAUACUCGGUCCGAUUCCAUACCAUAUGGCCAAAAAGACGCCCACGAGAUAUUUCCCGCACGGGAAGCUAGACUGGGACGAGAAAACUUCCGAGGCGCGGUACGUGCUGCAAAACUGUAAACCACUGAUGCGCAGUGCCAUGUCCGAGGCACCAGAGCACAUGCAGAUGUUCGAUCUGAUCGGGAAGAUGCUCGAGUACGAGCCGAAGGACCGCAUCCCGUUGGCCGAGGCGCUUGAUCAUCCGUUCUUCGCGAAGCUACCCCCCCAUCAGCGAUUGCACCGCUAUGGCAGCGAUAAAAGUAUGUCCUCUUCUUCUGUGCCGCCGAGCAGUUCGCGCGAGUUCUCGCACAGUCUGUCGAGAUGAAAUGAUGAGCAGGCGCUGCUACUGUUGCUGCUGCUGCUAGUGGUGGAAGAUACGAUAAUAUUAGAGAUUCUGAUUCGCACACGCAUGUACACUGACCUAACUAUCAUGACCAUUAGGCGUAAAUCGACUCUCCUAGCUUGCAACCACCAACCCAUAAAGAGCUAUUAA